UACUAUUACCAAAUAUUAUAAUAUUGUUUUCAUUAAUUUCUUACACCUAAUGAUCAUUUUCUCUUAUUCUAUAUUUUCAUGUUUUUUUAAGACAAAAAUUAUUUAACUUUGAGUAGGUGGAAAUUGAAUAAAAUAUUUUUUCUCAUAUUGUUAGAACUUCUUUAAUUCGUGGACAAAGAACAUAAUAUGAUCUAUUCAUGAUCAAAUUGGUGAGUAAUGAUUCACUUUUCAUAAAGAUCACAUCAAUAUCCUACUUGAAACAAAUUUAAAAUUAUUUUUUAAAUUUGAUGUGUUUAACGCAAUCUAUUCAUUUUUUUUGUCUUUAUGUCCAAAAAAACAAUUGGGUCUCAUAAUUUUCUCUCUUCAUCUCUUCUUUUUAGACUAAACAACCAAAAUUAGUUACCUUUUUCACUUUCUCUUUAUUACACUAAAGCUUACUUAAUAGAUGACUUUGAAGAUGAGAAAAAAAAAUUGUUUGAAAGGGUAACUGUACCUGAUUGGUAUUAUUUCGGUGCGAAAUCAGACGAUCUCAAGCACCCUCUGUUCCUCCCUAGACUUCUCCUGGAUCUCCCUACCGUCUGCACUCCGGGAGUGGGGGUACCUGCAGGCACUCCGAUGCUCAAGUUAGAGAGAGAUUAUGGGGUGUAGUAGGUUAGUGAGAAAAGCGUACCUUUACCUGUUCACUAGGCCUUAAUUUAUACUAAUUUCUUAAUGGACCUGUUAUUAAUAUUUGCGGGCCGUUUGUAUUUGAGGAUCGAUUCCUUCCCUUUCUGACUGAAGUUGCACGCAUCGGUUCUUUCCUUAUUGGCUGGAAUUGUUCUUAUGUGCCUUUAAUAAAGAUCAGUUUUUUCCAUUCUAAGAUUUGUCCGUCUGUACUUUUGUCAAAGAUCCACUCCUUCCUUUUUGGGGUUUGGCCGUCUGUACUUCUCACAUAUCAACUCCUUCACUAUUGGGGUUUGGUCGUCUGUUCUUCUCAAAUAUCAACUCCUUCCGUCUGUACUUCUCACAUAUCAACUCCUUCCUUCUGUACUUCUCACAUAUCACUUCCUUCAUUUUUGGGGUUUGAUUGCAUGCUGCCCCUCUGUAACACAUGUUCCGCCUGCUACCCCUUGGGCCGGGGUGUACUCGGCCAAGAGGGCCGGGGAGUACACGGCCACUACGCUUAUUGGGCUGCCAGCGUUGCGCUGGAUCCAAGCCCCCGCGGUUGGGCCAUCACAUGGGGACGCUCCUACCUGGGCCGGGAUGAUCCCGGCCAGUUUCCCUUUGUUGGGCCGGGAAGUACCCGGCCAUACACUAACACCAGCCCCCCUAGGCUCGUAGUGAACAAAGUUCACAAGAGGCUAUGAUGUGUUGCCUUUGGAAAUGGUGUUGAGGCGUCCCCAACCACCUGUGUUUAUGAUACUUGUUUUAAUUAUGGGGAAAGGGAAAGUAUUUAACUUGGCUCGUCGUUCGAGGCUGUCUUGUCAUAAUAAUGAGAUGGUUUAGGUGGGGAGUUUUAAAGGAGAUGUGCCGACAAUCGUUGGAUGGAACGAGAUCUCAUGGUGAUGAAGGGGUUACUUUUGUGAGAGUGGUCCACUAUAAAUAGAGGUGAGGUCUUGAUGUUGUGAGGCAAAGGAUUCAUUUAGGAAGUGAGCCACCACCAGCCGAGCCUUUCCUGUCUACGCCAUCCCAGGUAUGUCGUCCUCCUCUGCUUAUUAUCUUUCCAAUAGGCAUAGCGAUUCUGAGGAGGAGGGGACCAUGUCUGACUCCCCGUGUAGUGAUAGUGUGCAGAGGGACGAUGAGGACUCUGUGGGUGCCGAGGAGUUCUCGGCCUGCGUCACCCGGGGUACGAGUGGGUAGAUCCCCGGGUGAAACUCCCUUUGUCUAGGUUUAGUAAAUCUGCCACCAUAGUUGAUUUUCGUAAGAAGUAUGAUAUUCUAGCUGAUACAGUAGACGAUCGUAUUAUUAGUGUAAAGCGAGCCAGGAGUGGGGAUAAUGUGUGUCACGGUCGAGAAGGUCAUUCGCGUGACUUUUUCUACAUGUACUCUACCUUAGUCUCUGAUUUGCAUGUGCGUCUUCCCUUCGAUGACUUUACAAUGGGAGUGCUACGGGUGCUGAAUGUACCACCCACCCAGCUGCAUCCUAAUAGUUGGGCGUCCCUUCAAGCGUUCCGACUGGUCUGUCGAGUGUUCCAUUUGAGACCCUCCCCGCAGGUUUUCUUGCAGUACUACUGUACGCAUCCGGGGGAUCUGAUUAGUUGGUUGUCUCUAGUGGGUCAAAGUCACCAGUGUUUACUUGCGUCUUAUACGCAAUCUUUUAAAAGGUUUAAGACUAGUUUCUUUAAGGUAGUCAUUCGGUCCGCUGGGGCUAGAUAUUUUUACUUUGAAAAUGGCGAGCCCAAAUUCUCGUUCUACUGGACCAAACAUCCCACCCCCUAUCGAGUUUGGCCGAGAGCAUCCCUUACCCAGGAGGAUCUGUAUAUGCUAUCUUAUUUGGACCAAUUGCCCAAGAAACUCUCCUCCAAGAAAAUUAUUGGUGUGUUUAGUUCCUCUCGUCCGCGCGAUGACCUUUUCGAUAUCAUGGCUGCUGUUGGUCCUUCUAGCAAAGAAGUGUUUCUGGAACUGAGGAGGAAAAAGCUAGAGGAGAAGAAGAGGAAAGGAGGUGAGAGUGCUAGCCAUGUUCCCGUGGAGAUGACUUCCCAAAAGGGCGACCUGAUGCCUCCUGCCGCGGCGAAGAAGAAAAGCAAGCGUAGGGAUUGUACCGCAAGGCCGAGUACUCCCCGAUCAUCCUCCCCCAAGAAGUCUCGAGGCACUUUCUCUGCUGAUGGCGCGGCUGACGCUUUGUCUGCGAUGUUUGAUGCGCAACUCAAAAUCAACCAAGGCAUAGAGGUUUCCUUAUCAUCGGAGGAGGCUGAGAUUGUUUCAGCCAUGCGUCCUGAGAUUGUGCUAUAUGCGCUGAAUGAAUUUCAUGCCAGGGCGAUGGUGAUGGGUCGCCAUCUGAACAUAGUGCUAAGCCAACUACCAAAGACAAGCAAACUGGCUGCUGAAAUAGAGAGUUUAUAGAGGGAAUUAGCUGAGGCCAAUAACAUGAGGCAAGAGGUUUCACUUCAGUUGGGAAGUGUGAAAAAUGAGCGAUCUCAACUGCUAGCAGAGCGUAAUGUCUUGAAGACGCGCUGCAGGGAUUUCGAGAAGAAAGAUGAGGAUUCCCAGGCGGCCUUGGAGCGUCUAGAGGAGGAGCUGGCGAUUGAGAAGAGGGAUAACGCUGAGAAAGCUGGCCGGAUUUACCAGUUGGAGGGGUACGUGAUGUCCCAGCAUGAGGAAGGUUUUCACAAGGUCCUGUGCCAGGCUGCUCACUAUUUUAACUUUGACGCGGGAGAUGGCGUUUUAAUAUUGAUGAGAAUGUGUACCAAGAUUCCGUCAUAGCUGUGGAGGACAUCCCUGCUGCUGGGCAACAAAAACCUACUGCUUCCCCCGAGGAUUGAUAUGUUAUUUUGUAUUUUCUAGUUUUUAGAAACUAUUUGUCGAGCUUUGAUUUUCUACUUGUUGGACAUGU